UGCUUAAAAAUUUCCCUCCUCACCCCCAGAUUCCAUUUCCCCAUCCGCCAGGGGUGCCUAUAAAAAGGGCGGGAGAUGGCCACCCAGUGCAGAAGGACACGGGCAGCAGCGAGCACCCAGCCCCGCCGCGGCUCUGCUGAUAUCCCCAAGCCCACUCUCCGUCCGCUCAGCAUCAUGAAGGUGCCCGUGGCUGCCCUCGCCAUCCUCCUCUGCGCCAUGGCCCUCUGCAGCCAGGUCUUCUCUGCACCACUUGGCGCCGACACCCCAACGGCCUGCUGCUUCUCCUACACCUCCCGGCAGCUUCCUCGAAAAUUCAUAGCCGACUAUUUUGAGACCAGCAGCCAGUGCUCCAAGCCCGGUGUCAUCUUCCAAACCAAAAAAGGCCGGGAGGUCUGUGCCAACCCCGAGGACGCCUGGGUCCAGGAAUACAUCUCUGACCUGGAGCUGAGUGCCUGAGUGGCCUGGGAGCUCUGAGAAACCCAGGGACCUCUGUGGCCCAACUGGGCAGCAGGGACCUGCACCCUGGAAAUGCCCCUGUCACCUCCACAGCUACCUCUCCUGUGCGCUGGCUGUUGCCAAACAGCCACUCUCUGGGACUCAUUCCUAACUUAAAUUGCAUCUUAUUUAUAGUAUUUAAUUGAGGUUAUUUAUUUUCAAUAUCCUGCUGUUGUCUGGGCCUGUGUGCUCCAAGAGGUCCCAAGACACCUUUGCACUGCCCUUCCCCUCCUCCUUCACUUGUGCCCUGGUGUCAGUUGAGUGACUGUCGCCAGCUUGUUCCAGGCACAGGUGGUGCCAACGCGACCAGACUGACAAUUGUGUACUGAAAGUUUCCGUUCAGUGCUGUGUUCAGCCCAGCGAAAUAAAAAAGAUGCACUUUGGAAAAGGAAA